CAAUUCGUCCUCUCAUAACAAAAAUUCCUCUGAGCCAUGUGUCGCACAUUAGUUCGCUGUUGAAAAAAUACCUUUAUUCCGUGAAUUAUUCUCAAUUUUGCAGUGAAACCGAUCGCCAAUCAUGGGUAUCGAAACCAUCCACAAACCGGGUGCUUUGAAGCAAACCAACAAGUCGCACAAACAUGGAAAACACUCGUCCAAACGGUCACUGGAUCGCGUGGCUAAAGGAAAAACCAAUCUGAAAGCGGCUACCAGAAAAUCGCAUCGGGAAUUGGGCCGGGAAGAGCGACGUCAUCAGGCAAACCAGAUACGGAAAAAUAAACGACAGGAAGCGAUAGCCCUCAAACGGGCCAUCGGUGGUGCAACAGCGGCCCCAUUUCUGACCUGUGUAGUUCCGUUGCACGCCAAUGUUGACCCGAAUUCGGCACUGGCCAUCAUCGAGGGCUGCGAUGAGGAGAUUGCCUUGCAGAAGGCUUCCGACCGGAUCCGUUACAUGAACGUUCCCCGAUUUCGGCAACGAUUCUCGUUUCUGUGUCCAGAGCACGGUCAUGGUAGCGAAAUAUCGAUGCUAGAUGCCCUCAAAGUUAGCGAUUCGACGCUUCUGUUGCUAUCGGCCACCGAAGUAGAGGAGGACAUCAUUGAUAAUCAGGGAGCCAAGAUUCUGAAUAUGGCAUUGCGUCAGGGUCUUCCGACGCCAAUAGUUUGCCUGAUGGAUCUCGAAUCGAUAGCCCCGAAAAAACGUGGCCAAGUGAAAGCUGCUGUUCAAAAAUCGAUUUCAAGUGUGCUCCCUGAUGAGAAGAUUAUGACGCUGGAUUCGUCGACAGAUGGACUAAAUCUUCUACGCCGGAUUGGCGGACAAAAAAGAAGAGUCCUGCACAACAAAGCUAACCGUCCUCAUCUGUAUGGCGAGCGAAUAGAAUAUGUUCCGGGCGCAGAUAGUGUGGGAACUCUCAAAGUAACCGGAUUUUUACGUGGUAUUCCACUCUCGGUCAACCAGUUGGUUCACAUACCAGGAUUGGGAGAUUUCCAACUAUCGGAAGUUUACGGUUUAGAGGAUCCCUACAAGCCACGCAAAAAUGAUGAAGAAAUGAUUUCUGGAGAAGCAAAACUUUUGGCUAAAGCUGAUCCCGAGAAACAAACAAGCUUGCAGCGGGAAAACGUUCCGGAUGAAAUGGACGCUGAACAAACGUGGCCAACGGAAGCUGAAAUAGCUGCUUCAAGGAAUGAGAAUAAGAAAAAGCUUAUCAAGCGAAUUCCUAAGGGUAUGAGUGAUUAUCAGGCUUGUUGGAUUCCCGACAUUGAGGAAGUUUCGGAAAAAGAGGACGAUGACGAUGAAGACGAUGAGGAUAGCGAGGGAGAUGAUGAAGAGGAAGAUUACAUGUCCUGUGAGUCAGAUUCGGAGAGCAAAGUUGGCGAACAGGAAGAGGAUCAGGACGAGGAAGAAUUCGAUGAAGUGAGCGUUUCUGAUGGACCGAUUCCAGCCGAUAAGUACGAUAAAGAAAUGGAUUUGGAGGAGGAUAAGAAGACUUUGGCAAAAAUACAAGCUGCCAAAGAUGAUGCCGUUUUCCCGGAUGAAAUUGACACUCCCGCAAAUAUACCGGCCAGAGAAAGGUUCCGCAAAUAUCGAGGGCUGGAAUCAUUUCGAAGCUCUGCCUGGGAUGUCAAAGAGAAUCUUCCAUUCGAUUACGCUAAAAUUUAUCAGUUUAAAAACUUCGAUCGAACAAAGCGAAGAGUCAUCAAACAAUCCCAAGAAGAAAUGGAUGAUGUUAUACUGCCUGGAUGGUUUAUUACAUUAUGUGUCAAAAAUGUAUCCCAAGAUCUGUGGAAUGCGUUCAAUUCAGCUGGCAUGUCUAAUACAGUAAUAGUUUACGGUAUGCUGCCACACGAACAUCAGAUGACUGUAAUGAAUGUUUGCCUCAAACGCACACCUAAUUCAACAAUACCCAUAAAAUCCAAAGAGCGUCUGAUAGUCCAGUGCGGUUAUCGCCGCUUCAUAGUGAAUCCCGUUUUCAGUCAGCACACGAACGGCGAUAAACACAAAUACGAACGAUUCUUCCGGCCUGGUUCAACCAUAGUGGCCACAUUCUUUGCCCCGAUCCAGUUUCCUCCGGCACCAGUUGUUUGCUUCCGGGAAAAUCCAGAUACUUCUCUGGGAAUGGUAGCUUCUGGUAGUGUAAUUGAUUGCAAUCCGGAUCGUGUUGUGCUGAAACGCGUUGUGCUAAGUGGCCAUCCAUUUAAAAUUCAUCGCAGAUCGGCCGUUAUUCGGUUCAUGUUUUUCAAUCCCGAUGACAUCGAAUACUUCAAACCGUGCAAGCUGAGAACCAAACUGGGCCGAUCUGGUCAUAUUCGAGAAUCGUUGGGAACUCACGGUCACAUGAAGUGUGUAUUUGAUGCGCAACUGAAGUCACACGACACGGUCAUGUUGUAUCUGUACAAACGGGUCUUCCCCAAAUGGACGUACGAGGACUGUGUGGUGUCCUGCCCAGGAGGAUCAAGUGCCGGCACAGCCGACGACCCAAUGCAGGAGUAAUUUUGUAAGGUAAUUGUUUCAAUUACAUAAGAUGAAGUUUUAUUGAAGUUCAUAUAACUUAUGUUAUAAACGUUUAAUUGGAAGAA